AUGUCUUGUUUGAAGCUGACGAUCGAGCCUGACGAGGAGAAGUGGUUUUGCCCCGACUGCAAUCCCGCGGGAUUUAACACCGACGAGAUUCGCCGCUUAGGGAGGGGAGCCACUGCGCCUCGGCGAGGAGACGGAGUGAACAGCAGCACUUGCUAUGUCUGUCAACGGCCUGGAAAGCUGCUGGGUUGUGACUUUUGCGUGAAUUCUUUUCAUCCGUCGUGUCUCGUGGAUGUCGACUGGGAUUCAAUUGGCGAGGAGUGGGAGUGCCCUGUGUGCAAGGGGUUUGAUCCCCUCGCCAAUCAAAUGCACAAGCGAUGGACGCGACAAGAAAUCGAAACGAAGCGAAAGGAACGAGCCAGAAACUACGAACGCUUCAGAACCAAGAUCAUGCGCUACAGAAACAGAUUCCUCGUCGUCCAUCAAAAAGACUUGGGACCGUUCGUGAAUCCAAAGAUCCUACAGGCGCUCGCCAGAACGCUCAAGGCAAACAUCGCCGCACCAGCUGGACGUCGGGGAGGUCGUGGGGGGGGAGGGGGGGCGAGUGUCUCGCGUCUCUCUGUGGAGCGUUCUCUCUCCGAUGUCUUGGAGCAGCUCGAGGAUGAAGCGGUCGAGGAGGCAGAGAAGUUCACGAGGCGAGCGUAUAGGUCGUGUCGUCACGCAUCAGGUCGUCCUAUUGAAGGCAUGCCGCUCCGAGAUGGAAUUACGCUCAAACCGCAUCAAGAAGAAGGUGUUGACUGGCUUUUGCGAUCUUUUUUGACGGGAGGCGCUAUUCUUGCCGACGAAAUGGGUAUGCGCGCUGUUUUGCGAUGUGCUCGGCGAGGCUUUUGA